AGAUACGUCACGCGCGCGUCGAGCUCCAGAGAAGCCGGUUGUUCAUUGGCCGCGCCGCUGAAACCCCGCUCUCUCCACACCACCACCCAAGAAAGGUUGGCAGCGCUGCGACGACACACGCACACGAUCGUUGUGCCCGCGCGCGCACGGACACCGACACCACCCUCCCCCAACUGAUCCCGUCCUGUGACCGGUCACACCCCCCUCAGCUCUCGCCAUCACCGCAGCGACGUCACUCCACUACGGCUGUUCAUUGCGCUUGCUGUGUGGCGCUGUUAUGUUCAGUUUCCGUGUGUACGUGCCCGUGUACGCGGUCGUGGUAUCCGUUGUCCGUAUUCUCGCGCGUACUGAUCAUUAUUAUUAUUAUAACUAUUAGUUUUGUUUUUUCGUGUUUUUUUUUACAAUUAAAUUUGAUCAUAUGGAUUUUUAUCGAGUGGCGUUUAUUGAAAGCAAAUACAACAACGGCUCAACGACAACAUCGCGUGUUCACUACUGGUAAACAAUACCUAUCGACUUCUACUGAGACCACGCGCACACAUCUAAGAAAUCCGUAACCAUGCAGAUGGGUAAGCGACAACACUGCUACUUGUGUGACUUGCCCCGCAUGCCGUGGGCAAUGUUGCACGAUUUCACCGAGCCCGUGUGCCGCGGGUGUGUCAACUACGAGGGAGCCGACCGCAUUGAGUUGGUGAUCGAAACAGCCAGACAAAUGAAACGGGCCCAUGGAUUCCAGGAAUCAGCCCGGUCCACGGCCGUGGGCGGUGGUUCCAACGCUGUCAACGCGCACCACCCAAAAAACUCGCACCGACACGAGAACGGUACUCUGGAAGUGGUGGGAUUGCCACCGCAAGCACACCAGUUGGCCGCACGACAGACACAACAACCACCACCGCCCCCGCCGCCGGCCGCGGCCACGUCUCACUACGCAGCCCUGCACCAUCAGCGGUCCACGCUUAUGGAAUAUCCCGGUAGGCCGGGUGGUGGUCACGUUGUCGACCACGAGGUGGCUAUGAGCCGGACAUCGGUGCGCUUAUCGCAGAGCCAGCAGCAACAGCAACAACAACAACAACAGCAGCAGCAGCAGCAACAACAGCAGCAACAGCAGCAGCAACACAUGGCGCAUCACAUUCCGAGCCGGGCCCAAGCCGGUAGCCAGGGCCUGAAACGCGGACUGAGCACGCAAGCCGAUGACGACGAUCACCACUCUGAGAGCAACAAGCGCAUGAUGGAAGAACAGCAGCAGCGACCGCCGCUACAGAGGGGCGAAUCAUUGCCAGCAGUCAGUCUUGCCGUGCCGUUCGUCGAGCGGUCGUUCAAAGCCGAACCUAAACACCCAAUCAGGACCACAUCGUUCGACACAUCCACGUUCAAGGCAUCCAGUGGAUAUGCGUCGGCCGCCGUGGCACAACAGUGCAUGACCAACGGCAACGGACCGGCGGCUGGAUCACCGCUGGCCGCCGGCCGGACGACCGGGUCGCCGACGGACGGACCGCCGUCCAUGCAGACGAUCGGUGCCGGCGGCGGCGGGCAGCCGGGCGCGCAAAACCAGCAGAACGGGCCCAGCAACCCGAUGGCGGCGCUGAUGAGCGUCGCCGAUAACCUGCCGCCCGGUUCUCCGCAGAGUGCCCGCGGCAGUCCGCCCGGCUCCACCGGUCCCACCGCCCAGGCGCCCGGUGGUCCCAGGUCCGCAUCCCGAGGAUCUCAACACUCGCCAAACUCCACCGGCGGUUCGUCCAGCGGACGUAGAUCAUCCGGAAGCCGUCACGUCAGCUCCACGACUGUAACGUCAAGCGAGGCCAACGGCGGCGGCGCUCCUGGUGCCGGUGUGCCCGGCGUUAACGGUCCCGGAGUUAACGGCCCGGGCGGCGUCGGCGGUCCAGCCGCAAACGGCACCAGUGGAGGGAACGCGUUGAACGCAUCGGUUCCGGUCGGCGGCGGUCCCGACGGCAUCGCGCCCGGAACCCCUAUGGACGCCACCACACCGACGUUGCCGCAAGUGCCGCCUUCCGUGCCUCUGACGAAUGCGGCGGCGGCUGCUGCGGCCGCUGCCGCCAACACGGCUACACUCAAGUGUACGCUCUGCCAAGAGCGGUUGGAAGACACACACUUUGUCCAGUGCCCGUCUGUUCCCCAUCACAAGUUCUGUUUCCCGUGCUCGAGGGACAGCAUCAAGCGACAGGGGGCCGGCUCCGAGGUGUAUUGUCCGAGUGGCGAGAAAUGUCCGCUGGCCAAUUCAAACGUGCCCUGGGCUUUCAUGCAAGGCGAGAUAGCCACCAUACUGGGUGAAGAAUUCAAAGUGAAAAAAGAACGAGACUCAUAAAUUAUAUUAUUAUUAUUUUUAUUAUCAUAAUGUCAUAUUAUAUACUGUAAACGUGUUUCACAUAAUCAUAUUAUGUAUGUUAUAAUAUGAAACUUCACCACCUACGGAUCCUAACAGAUUAUCAGACUUCUAGGCCUGGAAGGAUCGAGGCCUCGGGUGUAAAAUAUGCAUUUAUUUAUUAAGCCCAUUGUAUAUUACAUUAUGUAUAAAAUAAUUUUAUUACGUUACGUGAAAAUGCCAAUAGCUAUUAUAACGGUAUUGUACGUUCCCGUAGGGGCAGUCCUUUAAUUUUACUUUUUAGGUGAAAUUUAGAAUAAUUUUAGCCUUGUUAUGUUCUUGUUUCCCUACCGUUUUCCUUCGAAAUCCCGUCGGCUCGUUCAACGUCGAUGGGACGCGGAAGGGAGACGAAAGGAAGCAAUAUUUGGCGUCAAGACUGAGUCAAGUCGUGUUUGUAUUUUACAUUUUUUAAGUAAAACAAUUAUUAAGAAAAACGGUCCUAAGACUGUGCUAGUCAAAGCAAGUAUAUGUAUAAUAUAUAUAAAUCUUAAGUGCACAAAAUGUAUAUUACUGUUUUUUAGCUUUAAACUAUGUACUCUAUAAUUAAUAUUUAGGCCGGUAGCGUUGAAACUACGUUUGAUAUUUUUGUUUUCGAACGGAGAUUAUAUUUUGUAAAGGAACUCACAAUCUCGCUUGUUUGCAUCUCGUGCGUGUAUAUUUGUCAAAAAUAUUAUCGUACUAGAUUUUGUGGUUUCUCCCUCACCCGCCGCCUCUUCCCUAAUGUGUUUUAAUAAGAAAAAUGAUAAUAAUAAAAAAUACAAAUCGGUAAUCAUCGGAAA